UCCUCCUUGCUCCGCGUCCCCAUCCGGGCCAGACCCAGCCAGGAGGUCAAUCGGAAGCCUCCGGCUAGUGGCGAGCGGGAACCCAGGUGUCCGGGCAGUGGGCGCUGAGGAGUCGCUCAAAAGUGGGGCCCCAAGGCUCAGAGCAGCUGGGUAUGGGUACCGAAAAUGAAAGUCCAGAGCCGGACUGCCAGAAACAGUUCCAGGCCGCAGUCAGCGUCAUUCAGAACCUGCCUAAGAACGGCUCUUACCGCCCCUCCUAUAAAGAGAUGCUGCGAUUCUACAGCUACUACAAGCAGGCUACCAUGGGGCCCUGCCUGGUCCCCCAGCCUGGGUUCUGGGACCCUAUUGGACGUUAUAAAUGGGAUGCCUGGAACAGCCUGGGCAAGAUGAGCAGGGAGCAGGCCAUGUCCGCCUACAUCACUGAGAUGAAGCUGGUGGCCCAGAGGGUGAUCGACACGGUGCCCCUGGGCGAGGUGGCAGAGGACAUGUUUGGUUACUUCGAGCCCCUGUACCAGGUGAUUCCUGACAUGCCGAGGCCCCCGGAGACCUUCCUGAAAAGGGUCACAGGUUGGAAAGAGCAGGUGCUGAAUGGAGAUGCUGAGCCUGCCCCAGAGCCUCCCUGCCUUCCCAAGGAACCAGCACCCCCAAGCCCAGGUUUGUGCAGAGCAGAGGGGCACCCUGGGAGGAGAGCUCAACACCAGAAACAGCACCAAGUCUCCUGCAGAGAAAGGGAGAUUGGAAGGCACCCUGCGGGGGCCCCAGGAAUUGGACACAUGGCUGGUGGGGACAGUUCGGGCGCUGCAGGAGAGCAUGCGGGACGUCCAGGGGAGACUGCAGAGCCUGGAGAGCAUGCCUGUCCCCCGCAAGCAGAGAAUGGUGUGGCUCGUGGUGCAGACGAGGAAGUCAGGGGGUCUGUAGUAGUGCUUCCAGCCUGGAAGUGGGAGAGGCCCUCCUUUCCUGCUCUUAUCUCCCUCUGCCUGAAGAGUAACUGAGGACAGAUGGAAUUCCAACAGUUGGAGGGGCCAGAAUGUGUCUGCUCUUUGCAUUGGGGCUGGGGGGAUGGCCCUAUUGCCCCUCAGUCAGGACUUCUGUUCCCAGAUUUAUUGUCUCGCCCUCCCCAGAUUCAGCCCUUGCAUCCCUCACUCCCUCCUCUCAACUUCUAGAUCUGCUUGCCCCUUACACCUCUGCUUCUGCAAAAUAAAUAACAGCAGCCAUUUCUGGAACCCCAGCUGUGUGCCAGACACAUUACCUGCAUUAUCUCAUUUUAUCCUCAAAACAAACCAGUGUAAUAGGUUUUCUUUUCAUUUCCCUUUUACUGAUAAGGAAACUACAGCUCUGAGAUGUUGAGUAACUUACCUGAGGGUACACAGCCUGGAAGAACCUCACAGAGCUGCUGUGAGGAUUAGAUGAGAUAAUGCAUGUAGGUGCUUCUGCAGUGCCCGGGGAGGACUUCUCAAAUGGGGUUCAUUGUUAGUAUUAGUAUUAACAUUAAGUAAUGGAGCUGGGAGUGGCCCUAGGUCCGUCUCCCACCAAAGCUGGCAUCCACCACUCACUAUGAGUGAGUCUGUUCUUGCGAAGCCUGGAGUGGUGGGGGCAGGGGACGGCUGAGUUCCUGGAUGCGGGGGAAUCACUCACGUGACCCUUCACCCCCUUGGCACAGUGGGUGUCAGCCAGGUUGGCAGGAAUUCCCUCAGAUCCACAGCAGCUAACCUUUCAACACUCACCCCCCAGGGUUUAUUUAUUGUUUACCUUUUACUGAUUUUAUAUGCUGAAGAUUUUAGAGGUUUCCACCCUGAGAUACUUGGGUUUGCAUCUCUAAAAAUAAGGACAUUCUACUACCUAGCAGAAACAACAUUUUAUCACACACAGUAAUUCCUUCAUAUCAUCAAAUACACAAUCCACAUUCAAAUCGCCUUUUCCACCUUCCCUGUCUGUCCAGGCCAGAAGCCUCUGUUCUUAAGACUCUGUUAGUCUAGACUAGUCCCUCUUCCUUGCUACUGACUUGCGGAUGAGACUGGAUAGUGGUCCUGUAGAACAUUCCACUCUUGUGGUCUGUCUGAUGACAGCCUCCUGGCUACUUUACAUGACCAGAUUACAUCAGAGGUGAUGUUCUUUCUUUACUUAAAGCGACGCAUAUUUGGAUGUCCUACCGUGAAUGAUUCUAGCAUGGACCACUAGCAGGGAUGAAGGGGUGACAGUCUGUUCCCACCACUUGCAGCCAGGGAAUGUCCAGUUCCCCAUCAAGCCCAUUUGACACACAGCUUUUGACAAUUGAUAGAUGCUUCUUGCCUGAAUCAAUAAUUUAUUUACUGGUUACAAAAAACAAUGUUGACUUUUAAAUUCUAUGAUUCCUUUCACAUUUAUUAGCUGUCAUUUUUCUGUAGCGUUUCCCUGAUCAUCUAGGAUUUCCCUGAAAUACAGUGCCUUAUGGAAGGCAGAAUAAGUGCUUAUUCUUUCUCUUUAAUUAUCUAUUUUUAGAGUAAGGAGUUGAUUUAACAGCCAGCUCAAUGGUGAUAAAUUUCCACUUUCUCUUUGAGUAUCAUCAUGAACUCAUGGAUUUUAAAGACUCAGUAUUUCAGUCAACUGCAAUCAUCAUUCUUUUUGAUGCCCAGGCUGUCACAACUUUGGUGGGACCCUUUCAAGCUGGGUCCUAUGUUCUUGUAAUUUGACCUCAUUAAUCUUUAAAAGCUUCCUUGCUUCCUGGUACAAGACGUCUCACAUUCAAUUCUACCUUCCCUGCUCCAGACCUAAAAUCUGCCACUCCUCCAUUCAGCAGAGAAUAGUAUUUAGAAACUAAAAUCUGAGCACCCAGGGUCCUCAUUUGAAAUACGUGGCACGUCCUUUACAAUAUGGGGUCUUUGGGCCACACCAACAGGGUCACUGCUUUGUGACCCAGAGGAGACAGCCUCGAAGCCAGUCUCUCCACUCAGCAGCCUCUCCAGCCUUCAGCCUUCUCGGCACCUUGGGGGAGGAUAUGGGAGAGAGUUAGGGCUCAACGUGUCAGGGACAAACUGGGAGCCCCAGUCCUCAGACUGGGGAGAGGGAGGCAGAAGCUCCCACCUGAGCUCUGCAAGCAGGUUGUGAAGGAGGGCCCAGCCUGUGCCGAGGCCAGGCUGGCUCCUGACUCUCUCCUCUUGGCGGCAGAGGCCUCCGCCCAGUGCCGGGCCUUGGCCCCUCAGGCUCUCUGCUCCCACGCUGCUCUUCUUCCUCCUGUGGCCCUUCAUCGUCCAGUGGCUCUUCCGACAGUUUCGGACCCAGAAGAGGUGACUCUCAAUGGAGGAGUCUCUGCAGCCAACGGAGGCGGCUCUGAGCCUUC